UAAUAUUUUAUACCAUAGACAUCUUAAAGAUCUUAACAACUAAGCAGGAAAACAGCUUUUAUAACUGCUGAUACAAGAUUGACCUAUAAGCUCUGCGGUUUUUUUUGUGACAGGUACAAACUUUCGCAAUUUCAUCCCCACACCCCCCUUAGUAGGUUUGUAUUCAUAUUCAGUUGAUUCGUUACGGCCUAACUGUUCAAGGGUAUCGAGGCGUUGUCAUCCGACGUUGGGUUUACCAGUAGUGAGAACAAAAUGGGAGGACGUGUAUCGAGAACUGACUUCGAUUGGUCAUACACAGCCGAACCACAUGCUUCAAGAAGGAAGGAAAUUUUAGCAAAGUACCCCCAGAUCAAGAAGUUAAUGGGCUAUGAUCCAAACUUCAAGUACCAAGUAUUGCUCUUAAUUGUGAUUCAGUUCACAUUAACUUAUGUGCUGAAAGAUUUCUCCUGGCCGGUUAUCUUUUUGGCUGCUUAUUUCAUUGGUGGCGUCAUCAACCAUGCAUUACUCCUAGCUAUACACGAGAUCUCCCACAACUUGGCGUUUGGUCAUGCCAGACCCAUCCACAACCGAAUCUUCUCACUCAUAGUAAACUUUCCUAUUGGGGUACCAUGUGCCAUCGCCUUUAAGAAGUAUCACUUGGAACAUCACAGGUACCAAGGAGAUGAGGAACUGGAUGUGGACUUGCCCACCUAAUUUGAAGCCCGUUUGUUUUUCAACACCAUAACCAAAUUUUUCUGGGUUGUAUUUCAACCAUUUUUCUACUCAUUCCGCCCAAUGUUUGUUAACCCAAAGAAUCCUUUGGCUUUGGAAAUCUUCAACAUUGUACUUCAGUUUGGUGUUGAUGCAGUUAUUGUGCAUUAUUGGGGUGGAAAGGCACUUGUAUACAUGAUUGCAAGUUCGCUUUUAGGUAUGGGGCUUCAACCAGUAGCUGGGCAUUUUAUCUCCGAGCAUUACAUGUUUGCCAAGGGUUUUGAAACCUUUUCAUAUUAUGGCCCUUUGAACAUGGUCACUUUCAAUGUUGGUUACCACAAUGAGCAUCACGAUUUUCCAAGCAUUCCUGGGUCCCGACUACCCUUGGUGAAAGAGAUUGCAUCAGAGUACUACAACAACUUACCACAACAUCACUCUUGGACAAAAGUACUUUUUGAUUUCAUCACUGAUCCAGCAAUUGGACCAUAUGCCAGGAUGAAGAGGAAGGCAAUGAAGCCAAAGAGUACAGAGGAGUAAUGGAAAGAUUUGAACUAACCAAAGUGUGGAGAAGAACUCGUUAUAUUGGCAGUCUCUCUUAAGAUGUAAAAUGAACAUAGGUUGAUGUGUACCGAUAUCAAUUUGAUGGUAUUCUUUCAAAGAGUGGCACUGGGUAAUUGUGACUUACUGGUUAAGUGUUGAAAGGUUAUGAAAGCUAUCUCGAGUGUUAUAUAAAAGGCCCAAUGUUUCUGUUGAAAUAAACAAUAUUGAUCCCAAACAUCAUGGAGUCAAAAUUGUAUUAUUGUUUAGUUGGUGGACAUAAACAGAAAAUGUGAUGAUUUUUUAAAACAACUCUACAAUCGGUUCUGAGUAAACCAACUAUUUUACCCUAAGAAAGGGCCAUUUGUAAAGUGGUCUUCCAGUUUUUUAAAUUUACUUUGAGAAUUAUGUUGUAUUUAAUGUAAAAGAAAAAAGAAAAGAAAUGAAAAAAUAAACUAAUUUAAAGUUAGUUUACAUAUUUUCUCAUUCUUUAGGAAAUAUGUAAAUAAACUAGUUGCAGUCAUUAUUUUCAAAACUUCAAAAAAUUUAAAAAUAUUAUAUCAUCAGGGAUGUUUGAGGAUACAGUUGUGAUAUUUCUUUUAGUCCAAAGUGUAAUUGAUUAGUAUUUGGAAGGAGAACUUUCAAUAAGAAUCAAAUUGUGAGAAGCAAACAGAAGCCUUCCAAAAGCUGUUUGACUUUAAUCCCCAUAAAUUAUUAAAGAUAAUGUUAUGUCAUUGAAUAAUACCCUCUUGCCUCAAGGGCUGUCUUUUAGCCUCACUUUUUUGUUGGUUAAUGCAAUUAUAUUGUUUACUCUCUAAUGAUAUACAACUAUGUUUAAGUCUCGGCCCUGUAAGAGUAACAAAAUAUAUUGACAUGCUAACAGCUGAUCAUGCUGAAAUUUUGCAUGAAUAAUAUUACUGGUUCUUUCAAAACAAACUCCUCAGAGAAAAUGAUUGGUUAAUUAAAGCACAACAAAAAAAAUAUGCAUUAUUUAAUUUACUUUUGAAUGAAAUUAAAUUAUUGCAAAGUUAUUAUUAAUAUAAAUUAUGGUUUUAAAUUUGCUGAAUUGAUUAGAGACAAAACAAAUGAAUAUGUGAAGAUUUCUUUGUUCUCACAAUUUUAUGUGAAAUAAGUCUCAUUUGACUUGUGGAUGAAAAUCAAGGAAAGCAAGGAUCUUUGAUUUUCCUGAAUUAUGUUCUAUCAUUCAUUUUUUGGUGGUAUUGUUGAAAUGGAUAGUGGUAGUGGACUUUAACAAUGUGAUAGACUUGGUUGUAGUGGGUAGAAUGUAGAUUCAGAUUAAAACGACAACAUUGAAAUAGCUGAAUUAUGAUUAAAUUAUAAUUUAAAUAUGAAGAAGCAAAUGGUAAAGACUUGGUGCAUUUACAUUCAAUUUGUUAUGGCCACUUAAAACGAAAAUCUGAGAGAAAAAUUGUAAGCUCAGACGCCAUAUGCAAAUAACUGUGUAAAGUAAAUGGUGUUGUGCACAGAGAAAGUUUUGUGGUUAAGUGCUGUCUGAACGCCUAAAAUAUGGCGUGCAGGCAAUGCUGAGAAAAACUUCAUGAAGACAGUGGAAAAGAAUAAAAUGUAACUGAGCUGAGGUCAUCAAAAAUAAUGCUUAAAAUGCACAUAGGAACUGACAAAAACAAAAUAAACUGUGAUGGUAAAAUAACAAAGAAAAAUAGCACCUAGAUCUUAAAAGUGACCGUGAUGAUUUGUUAAUUAAAAGAGAAAUAAUUGUGUGACAAUU